CUCGCGUGAGUUCCUCCAAGUUCUCGCUUCCACUGGUACGUUCAAAAGGUAUAGUGUGAAAAGUAAAGUCGAAAAACGGAAUAUGGAAAAAUGGCUGCAGUUUCUGGUAUAAGAACCCUUAUUCGUAUCCAUCAUUCACUCGUUCUGCAGAAGAGCUUUAGGCGUUCACCGCUACAGCCAGCAUCAACCUGCAUCACCUGGAGGCAUUGCAGUGGCAAUAAUGACCCAACGCUGCCAACAAACACAGAGAAUAAAUCUUUACUUGAGAACUUAAAUGUGUUGGGAGUGGACUUAAAGAUGGUGCGCCAGCGUCAACCAGGUGUUCUUCGAAGGUCCUUCACCAACGAGAUAGGCCUCGCUCAGUUCCUGCAAGAAAAAGGCGCCAACCACAAAGUAAUCGCCAGCAUCGUGUCCCGUUAUCCCCGCGCCAUCACCCGGUCACUUGAUCACUUGGAGGAACGCUGGCAGCUGUGGAGAAACAUCUUCAACACAGACGCUGAGAUUGUGAGCAUCCUGGACCGCUCACCCGAGUCUUUUUUCCGUUCUAGUGACAACGAGGACUUGAAGAAGAACAUUGCUUUCUUGACCUCCUUGGGAUUAAAGUCCAAAGACCUUCAUCGGCUGCUGACCACAGCGCCGAGGACGUUCUCCAACACCCUGGAGCUGAACAAGCAGAUGGUGGAGUUUCUUGAAGACAUCUGUCUGGAGCUGGGUGGAAAAAAUCCUGAACAGUUUGCUACAAGUAUAAUAUCUAAAAAUGUGUAUAUUCUAAUCAGAAGUACUAAAAGAGUCAGGACCAACAUUAAUAAUCUGAAAAACUCUCUAAUGUUAAGUGAUGCUGAACUGCUAGCACUUCUGGAGGGAAAUGGAGCAGAAAUUAUGGACCUUUCCAACGAGUAUCUGAAGAAAAAUAUCCACAGCCUUGAGGAGAAGAUGUCCUUACUGGGCUGCAAAAGAAGUGACAUGAAAAAGCUAAUAUUAAACUACCCUAUGAUUGUCUACAUCGGCGCAGCCACUCUGAACUCCAAACUGGACUGUCUUUUAAAAGGAGGAAUAACAAUAAAGCAGAUUUUGGAGAAGCCCAAAGUCCUGGACUACAGCACCCAGAAUAUCACGGAGCGGCUGAAGGAGCUGCAGAGAGUUGGAUAUGACUUUGAGAAAAAUGGGAUCAACAUCAUGGACUCCAGCAAGAAACGAUUUGUAGCAAAGAUAGAAAAACUUUCUGGAAUUUCUGAGGAGUGAAUGCAGCAGAUUUUACUGUGAUAAAAGGUAUCCGUCCAUGUACGGCUACAUUUAUCUGCACCCCUAGUAAAGACAUGUAAAAAGUCUUGUGUACAGUAUGAUAGUUUUACACAAAAAAAAUAUAAAAAUUCAGUCUCUAAUAUCAUUGAAUUCAAUUUUGGGAUAAAAAAAUGUUAAGAAAUAAUUAUUUUAACAAUUCCUUUAAAAGUAAAGCUAAUCAUAGCAAUGUCUGUAUUUUUAUAAGUUGAACAAUAUUUUUUAAAGUUUUUAUUUAUUGAUUUCCUAAGGUUAAAAUCACAUGCGUCACAGAUGCCAGUGUUUAUUAGUCACUAUGCUGGUUGAGUGAAGAUGAUGGUGAAAGAUCUAGAAACAUCUUCAAGGCUAAUUUUUAGCAUAGCAUAAAGUGACGUCUUAAGCUUACAAAGUUUCCAUGACAACCAUUAGAUGCAACCCACAUGUUUGUUUGGCAGGCUUGUAAAGAAAAAGUUGUUUUCCAAAUAUAAACAUUGUCAGUUUUAUAAAACCGAGAUGUGUUAAUUGGAGUUUUUUGUAAUUGGGUUUUAUAAUAAUCAUCCAGCGUCCAAAAUAACGCAGAAAUGUUUCACCAUACACAGAAUGCACCUUUAUCCAAAGCCAUCUCAGUCCCCAAAUCUAAAUCCUAAACAAACAAACAAACAAACAAAAAACUACCUGGGAUGCUCCUAAAUGUGGCAGGUUCUGUAUUUGUGGAGGUUUCUAAGCAUUUUAUCUGUUAUCCAGUGACACAUUUCUUCAUUUGAUGCAUUUUAUUGCAUUAUUGCUCUGUAUUCAACAGGGUUUUAAUAAUUAUUCUGUAACAUUACAUCCACAAGUUAACGUGUUAGUAAUUUUUUUGUCUCUAUAUCAGUCAUUUCUGAUUGCAAUAGGGAGGUUGCCGUGUUUGACAGGUAAACGCUCCCUCAAAGAUUCAGUUAAUUCCAACGCACCACUGUUGUAAUGAUCUGUACACACAUAAGAAUCUCUCACAAGUGGAUAUUUUUGACUUUACCCAAAGAAAUGUAUCAUCUCUGUAGCUUUAUUUAAAUAGUUUCAGGUGCCUUUUGCUGUUGACUCGCAAACAAACAAGUAACGCUGAACAAGUGAUCAUGUUUUUUAGCAUGUUACUGUUUAUUAUGAAUGAUUAUUUCUGUAUUAAAGUAAAAACAGACAUGCA